CUCACAGGCUUAACUUAGCCUCCCACCGCUAAGUUUUGCAUGGCAACAACACCUCAUAGGGAACUGCUGAGAAAAAACCGUUAACGUUUGAGAGCUAUAUUUGUAUUUAAUGAACUGCUCUAGAGGUCAGUUACGUCUUUGUGUCGUAUUUGAGUGUGUGAAGUAUUUUAAAGCAAUAGUUUUGCCGAACUUCACUCGAUAAUAUUUUUGAAAUCUGCACGGCAACAGUCGCCAUGAUGACGCUCGCGAGGCGCCCUAGUAACUGGCGCGCGCCGUUUCUGUCCAAUAGAAGCGCGCUGCGCUUCACCCCGCGCGGACACCGAGCCUCAAACUGCAGCCAGAGGUUUUUCUUUUUUCUUUCGGGAUUUCCCGUUUAACCUGAAACAAUUGAAGCUACCGUUACAUGCAAAGGGCCUUUCGGGCUACCCGUAAACAGAUGGCAAGGUAAAUGGACCAGGACAAGGCUGGUCUUUGCUUCUUCGUGGCAGCACUUUGCUCAGAGAUUUGGAAUAACUUCCGUCGGCUUUCUGUACCACUGGUUAGAUGAUGCAGGGGCGAAAUGCAGCUGAGAGAUGGUGUAAAGUCUCACGUUGAUGUCAGACGCGGCGGCUUCUUCAAACGAGCGAGUUAUUUCGAGAAGGUCGAUUUAGAGAAACACUGAUUUUCUAAGAGGCUUUGUCUUUUGAAUUGCAGUGGAACUGCUGUCCUCUUUGAAGAUUACUAUCUAGAUUUCGCAUCAGGCUCCCUGAGGGCUCUGCUGCCAUGUCAGCGUAAAAAAACUAAGGUUGUGUCCUAGCCUGCAGCUGCACUUCUUAUCCUUUACCCAUGAAAACAGCCACUCAGACAGAUGAGAUCUUUCCAACACUCAUUUUUAUAAGGUAUAUACUUAUAUCAGCUUUGCUUAUUGAUGUUUGUAAAGACUCAUAACUAGGGAAACAGUUAUGACAGGAUGCAUUUUAGACGCAUGGAGUCUCGGGUCUAUUACUUUUACGACACAAUACUCAUAUUUUCCCUCGAAAAACCGUUUUAAGAUGCUUUCUCAGCUUUGGAAAUAUGUGCUCGUAAUUUGGGGGGAAGCUACUGAAAGUGCACAGUGCUCACAGCUAGCCAAAGGGUUCAGUCUUAAAAGUUGCAGGCGUGGACAUGGCACGACCAAAGACGCGGCACCGACUUGCAUGUGUAUAUAUAUAUAUAUAUAUAUAGUAUAAAUACAUUAACAAAAUUGCAACAUGAAAAUGUGAUUGACCGGGAUGGCAGCACAUCUGUGUGUACACCGAGAGCUGCACUGUGGUUAGCUGCUUGAAAAUAAGGAACUGAAUCAAAACGCGCGCGCAAAAAGAAACAGCGUACCCCUUGCGCGCGCGCACUUCUCUCUCUCUCUCUCUCUCUCUCUCUCUCCGUGUGUGUGUGUCAGCUGAGUCAUCAUCUCUGAAACGAGGACAUCUCAUUUUCCUCUAUGCAACCAUUAUUAUUAUUUUUUGAAACAAAACAAUAGAUCUCAUCACAUUUAAAGCUUAAAAACAAGGAAUUCAAAUCAUGCCAUAAUCCAAGACUGACUUUCUCAGGGAACAGGGUACUGAGCGAUACUUUUCCUUGUCGCUACGGUGGUUCCCCUUGUUUUUUUUGUUUUUUUUAACCUUUAAUAUGUAUCUUUCACCUGGAAGAUGGUUGUAGCUUUUAGUGUAAACAUUUCAAGCUAAAGCUUGCAGCUUUCUAGGUGAAAGGUAUGGCGUAGAUGAAUGCUGAAUGGUACCAAGACGGUACCAGUGACAGGGAAAAGUACAGCUCAGUACCCUUUUUCUAAGAGUGCAUGACAUUAUGAGACGUGUGUGCUGCUUUCACACAAUAUCCUUAGAAAUUGUUAGAAUAUACACUUAAAGUCUUAACUGUGUCUAGGUACACCAUCCUGGAUACCAACACUGUACAAGUUGUAUAAAGAACUGUAAAAUGGAUAACGAAUACUGGGACUUUGGCUGUGCAGUGUGUUUUUCUUCUGUUUACUCAAACCUUUAGCCAUCCGUGAGUAUUAUCUUGUCUCUUAAACAGAUCUGAAUCCAACCUAAGUGACGGCUUUUAAAAAGACUGCCUUAAUCCAUUGACUAAUCCAGUAAUGUUUUAUUUUUAAUAGUUUUAGUAAUAGUUGCAGUACUAAACUGUCAGCACCUUUUCUUGUCAGCUGGGGUGGUACACUUAUCUUUUGUAUGUUUAACAUGUAUCUUUCACUUUGUCUUUAAAAAAGAUUUAAGGUACAUCAUUUGAGCGUAAUGACCUUUCAGGGUAAAGCGUUAAAAUGUACACUGCAUGCACCUUCUAGGUAAAAGAUACAUACUAAAUGUACUAAAGAUGUACGAAGUGACAAGAAACACUAAAACCUACCUAAGAAUCAGGGUAAUUAAUCAUCACAGUAAUUUGAUCCUUCAUCUAUAUCUUGUACACGUCACUGCUGGUGAUUUGGUUUUGUUUAGCAUGUCUGAGGUGUUGCUAGGUAAUGGAUAAACAAUGCGACACCUAUCCAGUACAUUAGCUGAUGGCAGGCUGGUAGUACUGGACGAUCAAAUAUUCUGUGAAAAUGAAAGGCCAGGAUUUUAUCACUUUUAACGUUGGAGGACAAAUUUUCACCACAAAGGUGUCCACCAUUAGAAGACAUCCACACUCAAGACUUGCUCGCAUACUAGAUGAUGCAGAUCCUGAGUUUAAAGUUGUAAAUAGCCAAGUGUUUAUUGACAGAGACUGGGGGUUGUUUCGGUUUAUAAUGGAGUAUCUGAGAACCGGCCGAAUCACUUUAUCAGGUGAAUUUGAGACUGAUGGACUGCUGAGUGAGGCUGAAUUUUACAACAUCAGCGCUCUUUCCGAUUUUCUGCGCAGCAACAACUGCUAUGCGAAGAGCGAAAUCCUUGAGCUUCGCUUUGUCAUUCAAGAUGCUCAAAGUUUCUUUAGGGUGUUCAGUUCCAAGAGCACAACCCUUGAUGCGCUGGCCUCAAGAAUAUCAGUGUUCAUUGAACAACCCACAAAUCUUGCUCAGAAUUUGAUGGAGCGUCUUCCAGUGCAUCGACCCUCACACCAUGACCUCAUUUUUCAGUGCGGUGCUGACUGCUCUGAUGGAAAACAGUUGUCUGCAAGAUAUGUCACUAUUGAGCCAGAUGAAAGAAAACUCCUCAAUGCCACAAAUGUUCUUGGCCUGAUGGUGGACACGAUUCUCAGGGAGGGCUUUCGCCUAAUCAGCACCCGCACGGUUUCUCCAGAGGAGAAAAUUGAGUGUUACACUUUUGAGAGAAGGGGGACUCGAAAUAUUCUUAUCAUCAGCAACCCCUAUAAAGCAGAUGUAUCACCUGUAUCAAAACAAACAGAAAAAAGUACAAAAAAGGGCAAAUCACAGAAGUGAUCAAAUCAACACUUGCCAUGCAUGUGGAAAAAUCCCCAAUGAAGAAAAACCAAAAAGAAAAAAAAAAGCCAUCAGCCAAAGUGAGAACCUGAGGCAAUUUGAGGUUUCCCAGAAGAUGGCGAUGCUGUGUUAUUUAGGGCAUGAUGCAUUUGUAAAAAAUAUUAGAUAACGUUUUAUUAUUUCAUAAAAUAAUGCCAUGUUUUAAACAAUCAGCAGUAAUGUAUAGUUAAAACAUUUUUGAUAUGUCAUUUGUUCAGACAGGCUGAUCAUUUUCAUUUUUGAUUUUUACUAGUUUUUCUAUUAUGUGCUAUUUGCAUGACCAAAGAGGCCUUUAAUGUUAGACUCUUCAUAAUGUAGCCCACUGUUAAUAUGGAUUACAGUAUAUACAUGAUUUUAACAGCCUAGCUUUAUAAUAUCUUUGUUGUAAUAUUGGAUCUGCACAAAGUAAGACAACCAGUUAUAAACAGUUUAAGCUUUA